UAUUUUUGUAUUCAUUAACAGAUCCAGUACUUUACAACUUACAUUAUAGCACUAGCCAACAGCUGCCAAGGGCUGAUGGAUGUUAUGGUGACGAUCAAGUCUCAGUUUUGGAAGCCUGGUGGAUCUACCCAGAAUGAUGCCAAGAUUGCCACCGAGUUUGAUGCUUUGCUCACUGUCUACCAACGUUUGCGAGAUUUAAUGUGUGACUACUUGUUGGAGGAGGCCUUGGAGGACCUGCAGGAACAGUUUACCACUCUUCUCACUACUCGCUGGCUCAACAACACUGAGCCCAUGGAUACAAUAUGCCUCACUUUUUCUGACUACUUUAAUGAUUACUCUCAUCUUCACCAAAAGAACUUUGACCAUGUGGUGUUAUUGGCUCUGAAUACAGUCGCUAUGCGCUACACCACUGCCAUCCUGCAGAAACGACUCACACUUAAGACACAAGAGGACCGAAAGUUGACGGCUGACCGUAUUACAGCUGAGGCAUUAAAGCUGUCAAGUGUGUUUGAGCAAGUCGCCCCAGAUCUUGUGAAGUUUGACUCUCCAUGUGAAGUGAUGAAGGGAUUGGCUGAAGUAAUAAAAGUAUCUGAUGUUGAAUUUAUCAGCUUAGAGUUGCACCGAUUAUUGCGAAGGUACCCAGACAUGACAAGUGACCACCUUACUGCUCUGUUGCUGUUACGAGGUGAUCUGGGUCGUUUAGAUGUGAGGCAGCGUGUGGCAGAGAUCAUGGAGGAGAUGAGAACCCAGCGAACAGGACCUGCUCCAAAAAGCAUUUUCUCUCAUAUUCAUAUCUCAAAUUCACUGUUUACAUAAAUACAUAAAAGAAUAAUUUAUGACAUUUGUCAAAAAAAACGUGAGUUUCAUAUAUAUUUCCAUUUGUUGUAAGUAAGGGUUACUGACUGAGUGACAGAGAAGAAAUAGAAGAACAGCAGCUCAAGAAAGAGACUGUCAUAAAUAUUAGAAAUACAGUACUGUAGUACGUCGUUUCACCUGAUUUAUUAUUACACAAUGCCAGCUUGAACAGCAGAAAUUCUGGUAAAACAAGUACACUUCCAGUACAGUAUAUAUCACCUUGUGUAUUUGGACAAUAAAGUCUAGACAUUUCUUAGAGAAUGUGAAAAGGUUGCCUUACUAUAAAAUUAUAUAUUUUUAUCUAAAAUACUGUACACCCUAAGUUAGCAGUACACUACAUUAGUCGUUAUGUGUUCAUAAACAUAUCUUGUUAAUAUGGGUACACUACUGUACUGCUCAAUUUACACACAUCAGAAAUUUGGUUAUUCAACAUAAUUUACUGCAUUACUGUACAGUGUUAGACAAUUUAUAUGUUCAGUUUUUUACUUUAAUGUGAUACACGAUUGGUAAACGUAUUUUCAUGCUCACUAACCUUUAACAUUUUAGUAAACCCCUUUGUUUAUCCAUAAAAGAGGGUUGUCCACAAAUUGAACCAUUUUGAUCUGUAUUCUUAAUUUUGAGAAGUUUGCUAGAAAGUUUUGUCUAUUUUGUUUAAGAUUUCACCCAGAUGGAGGAAUUUUGCCUUACACUGUACUCUACAUGGUGCUUAUUAUUAAAUAGUCGUAAUUGAAUGAACCUGAUCGGACAGGUAAAUUACCUGAUAAAAAUUUCUGAUUUUUUUAAUUUAAUGAAUUCUGAAAAGUACUUUAAAAUACAG